AUGGAGGACAAAGAUGAUGACAUCGCUGUGGUUGGCAUCGGAUGUCAUUUUCCAGGAGGUGAGGGGCUUGACAGUUUCUGGAAGGUUCUGUUGGAGGGAAAGAACUGUGCAGUACAGAUUCCAAAUGAGAGGUUUGACAGCGCGUUCUGGUACGACCCUGAUGAAAAUAAGGCGGGAAAAUCAUGCACGGCCAAAGCUGCACUCAUCGAGGGGCUCAAUUCAUUUGACCACAAGUUCUUUGGCAUCACUGAGGACGAGGCCGUCCAGAUGGACCCCCAGCAGAAGCUACUGUUAGAAUGUACCUACAGAGCCCUGGAGGAUGCUGGGAUACCAAUGGAGAAGGCCAGCGGAACCAAGACAGGGGUGUUCGUGGGUAUGAUGAACAGAGACUUUGAACUGUCAAUUUCGACGUACAGUGUCUCAGCAAUAAACCACUAUGUCGGCACUGGCACUCAGAUGAGUAUCGCAGCCAAUAGGAUCUCCUACACCUUCAACUUCACCGGUCCCUCAUUUGCUAUUGACUGCGCAUGCUCCUCCUCAUUGGUUGCUCUGCACUGUGCUGCCCAGGCUAUAAGACAAGGUGAUUGCGAGAUGGCAGUGUGUGGGGGAGUUUGCUGUAUUCUUGAGCCACGAGUCUUUGUUGCUCUCAGCAAGGCCAAAAUGAUCUCCCCCGAGGGCACCAGCAAACCUUUCUCCAGCAGAGCAGAUGGCUAUGGGAGAGGAGAAGGCUGUGGGAUCGUCCUGCUGAAGCCACUGAAAAAAGCUCUUCAGGACUUUGACCAUAUAUGGGGCAUCAUAAGCAGAACUGCGGUCAAUCAAGAUGGCCGCUCCGUCACUCCAAUCACCAAGCCAUCCAUGGCCCAGCAGGAGGAGCUUCUGAAAAGUAUUUACUGUGCACCAGUUGGUCCCUUGCAUGUGCAAUACAUAGAGGCUCAUGGGACUGGAACUCCGGUGGGGGAUCCCACUGAAGCAGGGAGCAUCUCCAAAGUCAUUGCCAAAGCCAGACCCCCAGGAUCAGACCCGCUCUGCAUCGGCUCUGUGAAAGGUAACAUCGGACACACUGAGUCUGCAGCUGGAGUGGCGGGACUCAUCAAGGUGCUUCUCAUGAUGCACCAUGAAACAUUUGUUCCUACACUCUUCUACUCUGAGGAUGGGGCCAGUAUCGAUGGCAAAGCCCUGAAUCUGAAAAUUCCCACCAGAGUAGAGAAGUGGGAAAAGACUGGCCCAAUGGGAAGGGCUGCAGGUAUUAAUAACUUUGGGUUUGGAGGGACAAAUGCACAUGCAAUCAUCAGAGAGUACAGACAGACAUGUGUACAUGAAAAUCAGAAAUCAGAAAAUCAGAAUUUACAAGUAUUUGUACUGUCAGCGGCCUCACCAAAAUCUCUGAAAAUGAUGGUGGAGGACACAGCUCAAAACAUAAACAGAAAAAACACUGUGGACCUCCCAACACUUGUGUACACAUCAGCAUGCAGGAGGAGCCAUAUCAAACACAGAUACAGACAGGCUAUCGUAACAUCCUCCCUGAGCGACUUGCAGGAGAAGCUGAAAUCCACUCUGAGCAAAAAGAUUGAUCCCACAAGACCAGGCACCAGUUUAGUUUUUGUGUGUUGUGGGAAUGGGGUGAACUACAGGGGGAUGUGUACACAGCUGUUGAGGGAGGAAGUUGUUUUCAGAGAAAAGGUGAAAGAGGUUGACAGUGUCUUCCAAAAUUACAAAGAUAUUGGCAUUCUGUCAAAGCUGGAACAUGAUCAUGAUAAUGAGGAUUACUCAAAACCAGAUGUUGCCCAACCCCUUCUCUUUGCCAUCCAGGUUGCCAUUGUCAGCCUUCUAAAGCACUGGGGUAUCAGACCUGAUGCCAUUCUUGGCCAUUCUGUAGGAGAGGUGGCUGCUGCCCACUGCUCUGGUCUGUUGUCUCUUGAAGAUGCAGUGAAGGUCAUCUACUUCCGCAGUGUGUUGCAGAGCAGGGUCACAGGAGGGAAAAUGCUCGUUGUCAGCAAUGUAGAGGUGUCAGAAAUACUGACGCUCCUCCCUGCCUACUCUGGGAAGGUCUGCUUGGCUGCCUUCAACAGCCCUCAGUCCUGCACCCUGUCAGGUGAUGCAGGUGCUGUAGAGAGUCUUCAUCAGAAGCUUAAAACUUCACUUAACAGCAAGAAUCUGUUCCUCCACAUUUUAGAUGUCCCUACUGCUUACCAUAGCCACAUGAUGGAUCCUAUCUUGGCCCAAAUAGUUGAAAACAUAGGUUCUUUGCAAGAGAACAAAAUGGAGGCAGAGCUGUUUUCAACUGUGACAGGAAAGGUGUGUUCUCAAGGGGAUUUCAGCACAGGGAAAUACUGGGCCAGAAAUGUUCGUGAGCCUGUAUCAUUUGAGCAAGCAGUGAAAUCAGCAACCAAAGACAAGAAGAACGUAGUCUUUGUAGAGAUAGGUCCCAGAAGGGCCCUGCAGAGGAACAUCAUGGAGACAUUGGGAAAUGAUGUCACAGUUUUCCCCUCUGUGCAGCCAGAUAAAGACCGUGAGACGCUGCUGACUGUUGUGUCCAAACUGUUUGAGCUGGGGGUACAAGUAAACUGGGACCAGUUUUACAGAGGGUGUGAGGCACCACCUACACCUUUCCCCCGGUAUCAGUUUGACUGUCCAGAGAACAACGUGCACUUUGAACUUGUGAGAAAUGGCAGUGAAGCGUUCCACCCUGUUCUAAUUCAGACCAGUCAUGAUGGCAAAGAAUUCAGCUGCAACAUUGCAUCUGAUUCAACAUCCUAUCUGCAUGAUCACAAAAACAAUGGCGUUCCCAUACUCCCGGGCGCCUUCUAUGUUGAACUGGGCCUGGCGUCCUUCAUGGGAAGCGUCAGAGGAAAAGUGCCUCUAAGCUCAUUACAGCUGAGCAUCAAUUUCAAAGGCCCUUUCAUUGUGAGCAAGAAUUCUCCUGAGCUUAAAGUUAAGCUUGAGACAGCCGAGAAUGAGACACGGUUUCAGAUCUUUUCCCCGCUUGCAGCCUAUGCAUCCGGAACCAUAGACUGCAAGAGAGGGAGAUCAUCUGAAGAGCAGGCCAUCUUGUUGGACCGUGUUUUCAAGAGAUGCACAGCUGUACUGCAGUCGGAGGAAUUCUACUCGCAUCUUGCUCAGGGAGGGUUCGAGUAUGACUCAGUGUUCAAGAACCUUGGAGAUGUGUUCUAUGGGGAAGAAUUAGAUGAGGUCGUGUCCUCAGUUAAGGUUCCAGAUGAACUGCUGCCUCAGCUGCAUGACUACUGCAUCCACCCAGUGGUGUUUGACUAUUUCAUGCAAAUGGCGGCCAUCAUUGCAGGGAACAAGUUCAUGUCCAGGCCUGGAUUCCCAUCAUCCAUAGGCAGUGUGGUAGUUUCAGAUUCGCUACAGGAGGAAAUGGUCAUGUAUUUACGGGCCACCGAUGUAGGAUCCAGUCACUUUGAAGUCUGUGGCUGUUUCACAGACAGAGAGGGUCGCGUUUUAGUUGAGCUAAAACAUGUGAGGAUUUCCUAUCUAGGAGGCAGUUCUAAUGUUGCUGAAGAGCUCUUCUUUCACAAUGAAUUCAACCUGAUCUCAGAUCAGCAGAUCAGCUCCAGCCACAGGCCCAAGGCUUUAGUCUUUGCAGAUCAGUCUGGAGUAUCCAAAGCUCUCCAGCAGUACCUACACCCAAAGUCUACUUACAUUUCCUAUCCAGACUUGAGAAUGAUUUCCAGCUUUGAUGGACCUGAUUUUCUCUCGAAACUGCAUGCGCUAGACGUUGACCAGACCUACAAGGAGGUUUUGUUCAUGUGGGGCAUUCAAAACCUCAGUGAGCAGAAAACGGAGAACAUGGGGGAGCAGAUGGCGGAAUGCUGUGAGCUCUUCCGUCAAAUUGUUGUCAGGCUGAAAGAGGAAAACUUUAAAUACCCAAUAAGAACGAUCACCUACAAAGCAGCAGAGAAAACAGUGGACCACAUCAGCCCGGGCUUUGUGCUCUCAGGCAUGACUCGCGCCUGCGCAGCAGAGGUCGCAAAUCUCUCUUUUCAGUUGGUUGAUGUUGGCUCUGUUUCUGCUGAGGACAUAAGUGCAUUGGGUGAGGUUAUUGCCUCAUACCCUUGCAGCAAAUACCCAGAGCUGAUUGUAAGAAAUGGCCAGAUUUAUUCAGUCUCCAUUGCACGCACAACCCUCAAGACUAUAGAGGGUCCUGCAAGAAAAGUCCACUCUUCAGAGCCCAAGCAGUUUGUCCUGCAGACUGCUGACCCUUACAGAAUGACAGGCUUGUCUGCCAUUCCUUCCAAUGACUCUGGGGCCCAAAUCCAGAAGCAAACCGUUGAAAUUCAGCUGAGUAAAAUCUGUGUUCACUCAUCAGAUUACUACCCUGUCAGUGUCUCUGAUCUAUCUUUUGGUCAGACCAUGUACUGGAACAAACACACAUCUCAGAACCACAAGCUUCUGGCUCUCGACUUCAGUGGUACUGUUACAGCUGUCGGGAGGGAUGUGAGCAAGCUGAAAGUGGGAGAUCAUGUCGUUUCAUGUUACCCUGUAGCUGCAUCCUCCAAGAUUGUGAUUCCCGAAGCUGCCUGCUACAGCACAAAGAAGCUUCCAUUUCUCAAGGAAGUACCAUGUGUGUCCUACUUUGUGCUGUCAUGGGAAAUCUUGCACCGUACAUUACCUAAGGUACGACAACAAGGAAAGCUGGGCAUUAUCACACCUGAGCCUGACUCCAGUCUAGUGCAGGUGUUGAUGCUUACAGCAAACCAAUCAGGGUGGAAUGCCAUUGUAGGAAGCAAGUCUAGUGGACUGCUGCAGAAUGUGAAUAAGUGUGAUGCAUUUGUGCUUUUGCCUCCUUUUGAUGCAUCCUUAGUUGCUAAGGCUUGUAGCGUGUCCACAGCCAGGAACAUAGUUGUAGUGUGCGACAACCAAGUGUCUCCUGCUUUGUCGCUGAACAUCUUCAGAAGUGAGAGCGAAAAUGUCUGCAUUCAGAUCCUUCAGGUGGCCAAUGUGUUCCAGAAAGCACAGCUAAAGAAGCAGAAAGCCCACAUUUAUAACUGGCUGAAAUCAAUGCAUCUGAACAAAAAAUCACUACAGCUCCAAAGCUCGCCUUUCCAAAGACGGACAUCCGGGAUCAUCGAUAUCCUGCCUCUUGAUGAGUCUGAAUCCUAUUUUGCCUCAGUCACCAAAUCUGUGAUAACACUGAAUGGUACGGCUAACGUCUCAGAUAUCCCUGUGCUCGAGAAACAGAAGCUAAAGUUUCAAAAGAACUCUGUAUAUGUAGUGACAGGGGGGCUGUCUGGGCUGGGGUUCGAAACCGUGAAGUUCAUUGCUCAGAGAGGUGGAGGAUGCAUCGUCAUCCUUUCCAGGAGGGCUCCCACAGCUGAAAUGCAGGUUGAGAUAAACAACAUCCACAAUAUAUACGGAGCCUCAGUUAUCAGCCUGCAGUGUGACAUCUCAGUAUUCGAACAGGUUACAAAGGCAUUCGCCGCCAUUGGACAGAGGUUUCCGUCCUGUCCAAUCAGAGGCGUUUUCCACAGUGCAGUUGUCUUACAGGACGGGUUGCUUGAAACUCUUGACAAAUCCCACUUUGAAAAAGUCCUGAAGCCAAAAGCUAAUGGGGCUCUGAAUUUGCAUCACGCAACUAAGGAAUGCAAGCUAGACUACUUUGUCUGCUAUUCUUCAAUCUCUUCAUUCAUUGGCAAUGCUUCCCAGUCCAGCUACAGUGCAGCAAAUUCAUUCCUGGACAUGUUUUGCCAUUAUCGGAGAAGUCUGGGGCUUGCUGGUCAGUCCAUAAACUGGGGGGGUUUGAACCUUGGUCUCCUGCUGAACAGAGAUAGUUUACAGAAGUUUCUGGAGGCAAGGGGAAUAGUGAUCAUGCAGACAACAGAAAUUCACGAAGGCUUAGAGCACUGCUUGCUGCAAAACAAUCCCCAGCAGGUCGUGUGCAAGUUUAAUUUCAGAAACUUGACCACCCAUGUUCUCUCUCAGAAUGCAUCGCUCAAUGCACGUCUGUCUGCCUUAUCUGCAGAAGAAGUCAAAAACGCAAUUGCAACAAAUUCCAGAGUCCAGCAAUAUAUUCCCUCCUCACCAGAUGACUACAUCAGGUCAUUGCUGUGUGAAAUUAGCUACGUAGAAAUCAGCGAGCUGAAUGACGAUUCCUCCCUCACUGGUUUGGGGAUUGACUCCAUGCUAGCCAUGACCCUGCAGAACCGAAUUUUCCAAGAUAGGGGCGUGACAGUUCCCCUUGUUAACUUGCUGGACCCAAACAGCACACUGUCCAAUUUAGUGUCAAUUCUGAAGGAAGGGAGAGAGGAGGAAUUCCAGGGGGAGAUUCAGAACUUUGCCUUGACUCAGAGUGAUAAGACUGAUGAUGAGUACACAGAGUUAUAG